AUGUCUAAAGUAGUCCGUAGUAGUAAAUAUCGUCAUGUUUUUGCAGCACAACCAAAAAAAGAAGAGUGCUAUCAAAACUUAAAAGUUACCAAAUCAGCAUGGGAUAGUAAUUACGUUGCAGCCAACACUAGAUACUUUGGUGUUAUUUGGGAUGCUGCAGGUGGUGGUUCAUUCGCUGUUAUUCCACAUGAGGCUUCAGGUAAAACCACAUCAGUUCCAUUAUUCAAUGGUCAUAAGAGUGCAGUUUUAGAUAUUGCUUUCCACCCAUUCAAUGAAAACCUCGUUGGUUCAGUUUCUGAAGAUUGUAACAUUUGUAUUUGGGGUAUCCCAGAAGGUGGUUUAACCGACUCAAUCUCAACCCCACUCCAAACUUUAUCUGGUCACAAGAGAAAGGUUGGUACCAUCUCAUUCAAUCCAGUUGCUGAUAAUGUUGCCGUUACCUCAUCUGGUGAUUUCUUAGUUAAAACUUGGGAUGUUGAACAAGGUAAGAAUUUAACCACUGUUGAAGGUCACUCUGAUAUGAUCACUUCAUGCGAAUGGAAUCACAAUGGUAGCCAAAUCGUUACCACCUGUAAAGAUAAGAAAGCUCGUGUUUUCGAUCCAAGAACAAACUCUAUCGUCAACGAAGUCGUUUGUCACCAAGGUGUCAAAAACAGCAGAGCCAUCUUUGCCAAAGAUAAGGUUAUCACCGUUGGUUUCUCAAAGACCUCUGAAAGAGAACUCCACAUUUAUGAUCCACGUGCUUUCACCACCCCACUCUCUGCUCAAGUCGUCGAUUCUGCCUCUGGUCUCUUAAUGCCAUUCUAUGAUGCUGACAAUUCAAUUUUAUACCUUGCUGGUAAAGGUGAUGGUAACAUCAGAUACUACGAAUUGGUCGAUGAAUCACCAUACAUUCAUUUCUUAAGUGAAUUCAAAUCUGCCACCCCACAAAGAGGUCUUUGCUUCUUACCAAAGAGAUGUCUCAACACCUCUGAAUGUGAAAUCGCUAGAGGUCUCAAAGUUACUCCAUUCACCGUUGAACCAAUCUCAUUCCGUGUACCAAGAAAAUCUGAUAUCUUCCAAGACGAUAUCUACCCAGAUACCUACGCUGGUGAACCAUCACUCACUGCCGAACAAUGGGUUUCAGGUACCAAUGCUGAACCAAAGACUGUUAGUUUAGCUGGUGGUUUUGUCAAAAAAGCUUCAGCUGUUGAAUUCAAACCAGUCGUUCAAGUUCAAGAAGGUCCAAAGAAUGAAAAAGAACUCCGUGAAGAAUACGAAAAAUUAAAGAUUCGUGUUGCUUACUUAGAAUCUGAAAUCGUUAAAAAGGAUGCCAAAAUCAAAGAACUCACCAACUAA